GGCCCUUGUGCUGUGUGUGAGUCUCUCCAUUGCCCCCCGAGGUACAAGCCUCCCCUCCUUUCUGGGGCCUGACGCCUGCCUCUCUUGCAGACUUGGGGCGCGGACCCCAGCGCCUCAUGCGCUCUGGCAUUACCCUGAUCGUCCUGGGCCACGUGAACUUCAUCCUGGGCGCCAUCGUGCACGGCACGGUCCUGCGCCACGUGGCCAACCCUGAGCGCACGGUCACCUCCGAGUACACGACUGCCAACGUCAUCUCCGUCGGCUCCGGGCUGCUGAGCAUCACUGCUGGGAUUGUGGCCAUCUUGGUGUCCCGGAACCUCCUCAAGGCAGCCCUGCACUGGGCCUUGCUGUGCGUCUCGCUGCUGAACUGCCUGCUGUCUGCUGCCUGCAGCCUGGGCUUGGCUCUGGCCAUCUCCCUCACCGUCGCCAGCCGGGGGCACCGCCUGAUGGUGGGAUGCAACAGCUCCACCCUUCCCGCCGACGCCCGGGCUGCCAUCGCCACCAACGACUGCCCCUUCGACACCACCCGCAUCUACGACACGGCCCUGGCGCUUUGGUUCCCCUCCAUGGUGAUGGCUGCAGUAGAGGCUGCGCUCUCUGGCAGGUGCUGUGUGGUGUCCCUGAUCCUCCGUGGCAUCGGUCCCUGUGCAGACACCAACAUCCGCCAACAGCUGGAGGAAGAGACAGCGACAAAGGAGGUGGCAUCUGAGGAUCGGCACACGCAAGAGCUGUGCCAGCUGCUGGCUGUGGAGGACGGGGCCAGGGCCUAGUGGCAGAGGUAACGCUCCAGACCACAUCAGCUGGGAGUGGGGGGUGAAGCGCCCAUUAUGCUGAUGCCGACCCAUGGAAGAGGCAGGACACAGGGCCAGGAGGGAGGGGGCAGCUGCCCCACCUGGCAGACUUUUCCUUGGGGAGCAGGCUCCCUUCUCCUGUGGCAGGGUCCUGCUCGUAUCCGGGCUCCCGCGGCUGUCCCCCUCGUGCCCGGAGUGUGCCAGUCCUGCUGCUGCCAGCCCUCCCGGGGGUCUGCCCGCCAUGCUUUGCUGAGUUCCCACCCCCCUAUGGCCAUGGGGGAAGGGAUCCCGCCAGAGACGCCAGUGGGGAGGGGGAGAAGCAGCCUGAGCAGGGACAUCUGGACAGCCAGUGACGUCGCUGCAGGUGGGACUGGCCUUUCUCAGCUCCCCUCCCUCCAGCUCUUCCCCUCCCUCCACACCUGCCCCUUAGCUCGCCCCCCUCCCACACACACACCCAGCCGUGGCAUGAGCCGGCUCUCACCCCGGCCCGCUGCGGGUGUGCUAGGCCCCAAGUCUGCGGCACUGGGGCUGUACUGUGCCUAGCACAAGGGGCCGGGGCUUGGCUGGCCCUCAGACACCAGCCGAAUAAACACUGUUAUUAAACCCUCAA